AAUCUCCGGACAAAUUUUUAAUCUGAGGACUGAGACAACACUUGAAGGGUGCAGACCGAACUGAAUCAGUUAAAACCUGCGAUCGUUACGGCUGAGGAAACGGAAAGAUGCCCGAAGCUCAUACUCUAUUCGUCAGACGAAACCGAAACUAUCUUCUUGGAUUUCUUUAUUUUCUUCGUCUUCCCGACUUUUCAGCUUCCUUCGCACAUCCACUUCAUCGCUUUUCAUCGGCAAAAAAUUAGGAGAGAGAGAGAGAGAGAGAUUGUAUAAUUAUGUGUGUUUGACUGAUUGAUUGAAAUUUAUGAAGAGAGCGAUACGACCUUCGAAGCUGAGAAGACGAUCGAUGAUGAUGCUCCUUUCUAGCGCCGGAAACAACCCUGACAUGUCGACGGAUUCCGUUGCAGUUCGAAGAGCUCUGACACUGACGCUUUUCUUCGCCGCCAUUGUUUUCCCUUGUCUAGUACUCUACAAUGCUGCUUAUCCCUUUCAGAUUUUCGAUCGAAAUUCUUCCGUCUCGUACGAUCCCUCUUCCGCCUUGAACCGCAUUUUCUCUUUUGACGAUUCUCCUACGGUGGAUAGUGAGGAAUUGAGGCUGGAAAGAAUUUUGAAGGAUGCAGCGAUGGACAGGACAGUUAUCCUCACUACUCUAAAUGAAGCAUGGGCUACUCCUGGUUCGAUUGUUGAUCUUUUUCUUGAGAGCUUUCGAAUUGGGGAUCACACCAGUGGCCUUUUGAAACAUUUGGUAAUUAUUGCUUUGGAUGAAAAAGCAUAUACUCGUUGCUUGGCUGUACACACCCAUUGCUUUGCUCUUAAAACCGAAGGGGUAGAUUUCUCUGGUGAGGCAUAUUUCAUGACCCCUGACUACUUGAAGAUGAUGUGGCGAAGGAUUGAUUUCUUACGGUCUGUUCUUGAGAUGGGUUAUAACUUUGUUUUCACGGAUGCUGAUAUCAUGUGGUUCCGGAACCCAUUUCCACGCUUUUAUCUGGAUGCAGAUUUCCAGAUUGCAUGUGAUCACUUCACUGGGGACUCCUAUGAUGUGCAAAAUAAACCCAAUGGAGGAUUUAAUUAUGUAAAGUCCAGUAACCAGACAAUAGAGUUCUACAAGUUUUGGUAUUCUGCAAGAGAGACCCAUCCAGGAUAUCAUGAUCAGGAUGUGCUUAACAUUAUCAAAUUCGAUCCUUAUAUCUUUGAGUUAGGACUGACAAUGAGAUUCUUGGACACUGCUUACUUUGGUGGCCUCUGUGAGCACAGCAGAGAUUUUAAUAAAGUUUGUACGAUGCAUGCAAAUUGUUGUUAUGGUUUGGAUAGCAAGCUUCAUGAUCUUAGGAUCAUGCUUGAGGAUUGGAAAAUUUUCUUAUCUCUGCCAGAAAGUCUGAAGAAAUCACAGCCAUUAUCUUGGAGGGUCCCAAGUAAUUGUAGCCUUACGCUUCGCCAUCCCUCAAACAAUAUGUCACCGGAACCGAGCAAUUGGCAAUAAUGAAGUAAAUCUGCAUAUGUUUCAGGAUUUCUUGGGGAUUCAUUUUGUAAAGAUCAACUUUUUUUCCAACAACUUGAAUGUAUUCGACAACCUCAUUGUCUUUGUCUCGUCUCAAUAAUUCAGGUUCACAAAUUUACAUGGACAAAUUGUCUUGGAGGCAGAAUUGUUACUCUUCCUAAAAUUCCAAUUGCACCACUUUGAACAUGAGUGUUGCGGUUAUCCUCAGAAAUAUGUCUGCAGAGGACUGUUUGGAAUCAGAAGCAUCUAAAGGAGGUUCAUGUGGCAUCUCUUGUGCUGGCUGUCUAUUUUUUUGACACCACAUCCAGCAACUUGAUGUAUUUUUUCGUCUUUUUGUACAUGAAUUAGUGUGGCCAUUCUCAAAUUUUUGUCCUACUUGAAAGUAAAUAUUUUUUGACAAUUGUUGUUACCUCGACGUUUGAGGGUUUCAUUCUACUUAAAAAAAAAAAAGCGCAUUUGAUGGUUUCACUUUUCU